AGCAGCAGCAGCACACACCGACUGACUGACACAGUGUUUGUGCAGGAGGAAAACUGAGGCUUCUACCAACAAACUGUGUGUGUGAGAAUCUAACAAGCUGGUCUUUCAUGGUUAAGAGAGGUGAAUGAAAUCGGGCCAGUGCUCAGUAUACAGAGGAGGCGUUCUCUGCGGUGCCCUCCAUCCUUCUUCAGACUGCACAUAUCAGGUGUCCACUUUGCACAAAGGAGGAUCUGCAGUUUCUACACUGUGAAUGAGGAGGAGAAGUGAUGCCUCAAGAAAAUAGCUGUUGCAGAGUUUGCAGUAGGGGCUUGUAUAGCUGCCACUGGAGGAAACCAAGUGAAAACAAGAGAAAACACGCAUGCUGCUGGUUCUCGGUCGUCACAUUGGCCUCCCUGCUCUCUCUGUGCUGGAUGUACAUAUGUCUGGUUACUUUUAAUGACAGAGAGGAUGUUAACUGGAAGGCCUUCACAACACUGAAAUGUUGGGUGAACUGGUUCAUGGUGCUGAUCAUCGUUUCUGCAGUGAUAACCAGCUACUGCGUUCUGCUGCUGCUCUUUGCAUUGUUUCAAGUUGCCUUGGGAGAACAACCCGUCCUACACUGGCUGCACAAGAUCUUCUUAUUCUCUGGUGUGGUAUUCCUUGCUUUUGGGGUUGCAGGACUAAAUCAUUGGAAAGACGAAUGGCCAACUAUUCCUCUUUCGCUCCAGGCAACAGGUCCAUUCUUGCAGUUAGGUGCCGUUGGAGCGUUGACACUGCUGAGUCCGUUUGUCUUCCGGGGAUUCCACCAAGCUGAAACCGCAGGGUCUAAAGCCGUCAUCGCAUCGGCCUUUGUCGUGGUGUCAGUUGCCAUCUUCCUGUGUCCCCUGUUCAUCCAGUCUCCCUGUCUGAUAGAGCUGAGCAAACUGCCUGAAAAACCUAGGCUCAUUGGCCACAGAGGCGCCCCGAUGCUGGCGCCAGAGAACACCAUGAUGUCAUUCAACAGCAGCAUUGCGUGCGGCGUGGCGGCCUUUGAGACCGAUGUGCAGCUCAGUAAAGACAGAAUUCCCUUCUUGAUGCACGACCACCACUCUGAGUUUCUGUUGAGAACGACGAACGUCAAUGAGAAGUUUCCUGAAAAAAACUUCAGCUCCAGCGACAACUUCACCUUGGAGGAGCUGAAGACUCUGAACGCAGGUGAAUGGUUCCUAAAGACAGAUCCUUUCCAUUCGGUGUCCCAGCUCUCAGAAGAGGAGAGGAAAACUGCAGGGAAUCAGACAAUACCCUCCUUAAGUGAGCUGCUCACACUCGCCCAGCAGCACAACAUCUCAGUGAUGUUUGACCUUUACAGUUCCAACCAGAAAAAUGACACCAAAGACACAGUCAGCACCAUCCUGAAGUCUGGCAUCGACCCACGCCUGAUUCUCUGGCUUCCGUCUGCUGAGAGAGAGUUUGUGAACUCGACUGCUCCAGGUUUCAUCCAGGUCUAUAGCUCAAUAACUCAAAUGGAGGAAAAAGGAGGAAACCACCUGAAUGUGAAAUACAACAAUUUGAGUACAGAAAAAAUCAGAGAACUGCGGAUGAAGAACAUUAACGUGAACCUAUGGGUGGUGAAUGAGCGAUGGCUGUUUUCUCUGUUGUGGUGUGCAGGGGCCAGCUCCGUCGCCACCAACUCCUGCCACCUCCUAAAAGAAAUGAACCAACCUGAUUGGUUAAUGGCACCUCACAUAUACAGAAUCAUAUGGAUCGUAGUGGAUCUUUUAUCCUUUCUGAUGAUGACGGGGCUCUUCAUCUAUCAGAGGAAAACACACAGGUUGUGUCACAGGAGAGGAACAGAGACGCAAGGAAACAGUACUUCUGCCUUGAACGAUAAAGAACUUUCUACCCUCUUACUCAACGUGUAGACGGACGAAGGGACUGACCCCAGCACCUGGAACUGCUGCAACGAUUUUACCCUGAAUCAGGGACAAAGCAAGUUAAUGUGAAUAAUUAUCAUCAGACACUGAUUUUCUGAAGCCAUGAAAGUUGUUUUUACAGACUUUGUAAGAUGUGAUUUAAAUGUCAGCACUACACCACUAGAUGACAGUGUGGGGGGUUUGUUUUCUGUCUGGCUGCUUUACUGGGUUUAUGGUUCGUAGGGUUUCUGCUAUUAUUCUGUUGCAACUGAAAACAAUGUUCCUCUCUCGAUCAGCACUGAUUUUUAUUUUUCUUGACACUUCAUGUUCACGUGUUUUUCUAUUGUUAUUUUGUGAUUUGUUUCAAUACUUUUUUAUGGCCUCAGCACUGCAGGAAAUCAAAUCAAAUGUAUUUAUAUAGCACGGUUUCACAACAAACAGUUGUCUCAGGGUGCUGCACAAAAGUCCAAGAUCUUAAGAAACACAAAAUCCAAUUUGUUCCACACCGAGCAAGCAUGAGCAACAGCGGGGAGGAAAAACUCCCAGGUGGAAGAAACCUCCGGCAGAACUGAGCUCAGUGUGGACGGCCUCUGGGCCGGUUGGGGUGAUGGAGAAAGAACAAGUAAUUAUGGGAACAAAAGGAAAUAAAGGGGGGGGUUGAGUCACAGUGUCAGGUCAAGGGCUUGAAUCCAGCCCGGGAAUCUCCACAUGGACGUUCGCAUGGUCUUCCAAGCGUGCGGUGGUCCCCCCGGGCACUCCUGCCUCCCUCAUGGGCCAACAUGUGCAGUAGUAGGACCCAUGGCUCCAAAGGUGGAAGGUCCUCAGGUGAGAGUGCUGGUGGUUGCGUGAGAAAUGUGCCAUAACUACAGUUCAGUCAUACAACUCAGGUUCAGAUGUUUACUGAAGCAGUGAAAUAGUUUGUGUUUGGAGUCUAGGCUCCAACUUAAUCACUCCCUAUUACACAGAUAUCAUGGGAGUGACUAGCAAAUACUUGUAACUCCCUGUCAGAGCCUGCAGGUGGAUGCUGGGGUGGUGGAGGGGCUGAAGCAGUUGGAAGCAAUACUGCAGCAGCAGUGAGAGCAGAGGGGGUGAUGGGAAAUUUGUAUCCGCUUAAAUAGGUCGCCCUAAUAAGGUGGUUGCGUAAAAAGGGUGAUUGUGGAGAAUGAGGUAUGUCACAUGAUGUGUGUCACAUGAUUGGAGCAGCGCAGCUCGAGUUGGCUGCCUGAACAAGCUCCGGUCUUGUGUAUUAAACUUUGGCUGUAUGAACUACUGAUUUGUUUGUUUGUUUGACAUAUGAUUAUGAAUUAACGCCAGACAUCUGAUGACGAUUUUAAACAUUAACUGCUUAUUUAGAGAUUGAUACAUAAUUUAACUCAAUUAGUAUCACAUUUACAUGAAAGUGCAUUUACAUGCACAUUCUUUUAUCUGGAUUCUAUGGUUGCAAGUUACUUUUGCAGAGGAAUUUUAAAAUCCUUUAAUGGGCAUACAAA